AAAAUAGUAGAAUGCAAUCUGAGGAUCAUAAAAGCAUGAGGAAAAGACAUACAUAUUGAGGAAAAAUGGGUUAAAUUAGUUUAUUAUUCUGUUAUCAAACCUCGUCUUGACUUUUCGUAAACAAGGAUAAAGAAACCAUGAUUGAGACGUGUCCCCGUCGCCGGAUGAUUACCGGCAUAUCCUUCCUGGUUAUACUGACGACUUUGGUGCUGAUUAUAGAAUCCCGAUGGACAGGAUCGCCGAAGCCGAAGCACUUUGUAAUUGAGAACAAUUCAACCUGUUGGAUGAAGGAGGAGUAUGAGAUAAUCCAGGACUGUCAUCCUUGCUCAGCUUUCGAGAUAGCCAGCAAAAUCAAAGGAGUGUGCAUUCAUACGCACAACAAAGAAGUGUUGCGGUGCAGAAGCGGAGAGACAGUCUCAAGAAGUUGCGACAAAGUUGCGUGGAUGGACAAGAGAAACUUCUGGACAUUCGAGAGUCUCCUCUGCGCCGUUGGCAUCCUCUCGACUCUCGUGUCUUUUUACCGGCAGAAGAUAUUGGAUAAAAAGGUAAUGAUGAGAAUUCAUAGACAACUCCAUCAGUCAGUUUGAGGUAAUCUCGGACCACGAGCUUCCGCCAGGAUUUGCCACCAAAUCCCAGUCGAAGUGAUUUUGUAAAGUCUCUAGUUUCUAAGUAAGUGAUUUUGUAAAUACAAUGAGUCAUCAAAGCUGAAUUGCCAUGAAAACGGGAG